AUGUCCAUCGUGACAUCCUACCUCCGCAUCUGGUCUGGCAAGCGUUUCAAACUACUCUGCCACGCCUUCCUAUGCGUAAUCUCCAUCUUCGGCCUGACGCUCUUCCUCGGCGGCAUAUUCGCCUGCGUGCCCGUUUCUCUAUCCUGGGCGCCACCGCCGCCGUCCGGCCCGGACUCGCGUGAUCCCCGACGACGCUGCAUGGAUCUCCCGCUCUUCAUGUUCGCCACUUCGAUCCUGAAUACGGCUAUCGACCUAGCUAUUCUCGCUAUCCCCGCCCCCCUGUUCCGCAAGCUGCAGAUCGCGCCGAAGCAGCGCGCCGCGCUUACUGCCGUUUUUGCCAUCGGCGUUGUCGUCUGCGUCGCCUCUGUCAUGCGGCUUGUUACUUUGCAGCACGUACGCCGCACGGAGGACCCGUCUGUUAGCGGUCUUCCGUUGGGAAUUUGGUCCGGCGUCGAGCUCGACUUGGGUAUUAUCUGCGCGUGUCUGCCUACGCUGCGUCCGAUGCUCGCCCGUGUAUUCCCGCGCCUGCUAGGUUCUACGGUUGAUUCCGAGCUGAGCUGGCGGGGCACACAGCGGAUUACUCGCGACGGGAAUGGGUCGUAUCGUAUGCACGAGUUACAUUCUGAUGACGAAGAUGGCAAGUUGGGAAAUAAUGAUGCGGGAACGAGAAUAAGUAACGGGACCUCGGCAUUCCCCCGCGCUCCAGCGCCAUUGCAUCUAGACAAGUAUAACAAAUUUAACAAGUCGUAUAUGGAUUUCGACUAG